AUGCAUUCCUAUCUAAGUCUUACCCAACCGCCACUCCCUUAUCCUUUUUCCCUCCAAACAAAUCCCCACUCUCUCAUUCUCCCCACUCCCAAUCAUCCUCCUCCACCGACCGCCACCGCCUCCGCCACCGACGCCACCGCCGUAGAACGCCGUUCUCAAUCUCAAUGGACCGACCUCCUCCGCUUCCAAACCCAAUCCUCCUACUUCCGCGACGCCAUCUCCACCUACGCCAGCAUGCUCGCAGCCGCCGCACCUCCCGACAACUUCGCCUUCCCCGCCGUCCUCAAGGCCGCCACCGCCGUCCACGACCUCAGCCUCGGGAAGCAAAUCCACGCGCACGUCUUCAAGUUUGGUCACGCACCCUCAGUCGCCGUGGCUAACACCCUCGUCAACAUGUACGGCAAAUGCGGCGACCUCUCCGCCGCGCGCCGAGUGUUCGACAAAAUCCCCGACCGAGACCACGUGUCGUGGAACUCCAUGAUCGCGACGCUGUGUCGGUUCGAGGAGUGGGAGCUGUCCCUGCACUUGUUUCGGUUAAUGCUGUCGGAAAACGUGGACCCCACGUCGUUUACGUUGGUAAGCGUGGCACACGCAUGCUCGCACGUGCGUGGUGGCACGCGGUUCGGGAAGGAAGUGCAUGCGUAUACUCUGAGAAACGAUGAUUUGAGAACUUACACCAGCAAUGCGUUGGUGACCAUGUAUGCGAGAUUGGGGAGAGUUAACUACGCUAAGACAUUGUUUGAUGUGUUCGAUGGCAAAGACAUGGUGUCUUGGAACACUAUUAUCAGUUCUCUUUCUCAGAAUGAUAGGUUUGAGGAAGCGUUGAUGUAUAUGUAUCUUAUGAUUGUUGAUGGGGUUAGGCCUGAUGGAGUUACAUUGGCGAGUGUUUUGCCAGCUUGUUCUCAAUUGGAGAGGUUGAGGAUUGGGAGGGAAAUCCAUUGCUAUGCAUUGAGGAAUGGGGAUUUGAUUGAUAAUUCGUUUGUUGGGACUGCGUUGGUUGACAUGUAUUGUAAUUGCAAGCAGGCUGAGAAGGGUAUGUUGAUUUUUGAUGGGGUGUUGAGGAGGACGGUGUCGGUUUGGAAUGCCAUGAUUGCUGGUUAUGCGCGGAAUGAGUUUGAUGAUCAAGCGUUGAGACUGUUUAUUGAGAUGGUUUCCGAGUCUGAGUUUUGUCCAAAUGCCACUACUUUGUCUAGUGUGUUGCCUGCUUGUGUGCGUUGCGAGGCGUUUUUGGACAAAGAAGGGAUCCAUGGUUACAUUGUGAAGAGGGGAUUUGGGAAGGAUAAGUAUGUGCAGAAUGCGUUGAUGGACAUGUAUUCCAGGAUGGGAAGGAUUGAAAUUUCGAAGAUGAUAUUUGGUGGGAUGGGUAGAAGGGAUAUAGUAUCUUGGAACACUAUGAUCACUGGCUGUGUUGUUUGUGGGCAGUAUGAUGAUGCGCUAAAUCUUCUGCAUGAGAUGCAAAGAGGUCAAGUAGAAGUUGGGAGUGACACAUUCGCUGAUUCCGAGGAUGAUGAGAGAAUUCCCCUUAAGCCGAAUUCGGUAACUCUAAUGACGGUGCUUCCAGGUUGUGCUGCCUUGGCAGCGUUAGGUAAAGGAAAGGAGAUUCAUGCUUAUGCUGUUAAACAAAUGCUGGCAAUGGAUGUUGCUGUGGGAAGUGCAUUGGUUGACAUGUAUGCAAAAUGUGGUUGCCUGAACUUGGCUAGGAUAGUCUUCGAUCAAAUGCCCAUAAGAAAUGUUAUUACUUGGAAUGUUCUUAUCAUGGCUUAUGGGAUGCAUGGAAAAGGGGAAGAAGCUUUGAAGCUUUUUACAAGAAUGACAGCAGGAGGCAGCGAUAGGGAAGUAAUAAGGCCCAAUGAAGUGACCUAUAUAGCUAUCUUUGCUGCUUGUAGUCAUUCUGGGAUGGUGGAUGAUGGCCUUCAUUUAUUCCAUACAAUGAAAGCUAGCCAUGGGAUUGAACCCAGAGCUGACCAUUAUGCUUGUCUUGUGGACUUGCUUGGCCGAUCUGGUCGGAUCAAAGAGGCCUACGAAUUGAUCCACACAAUGCCAUCCAAUUUGAACAAAGUAGAUGCAUGGAGUAGUUUGCUUGGUGCCUGUAGGAUUCACCAGAGUGUAAAAAUUGGUGAAAUUGCAGUAAAGAACCUGCUUGUCUUGGAGCCAAAUGUAGCUAGCCAUUAUGUUCUACUGUCUAACAUAUACUCCUCAGCUGGACUCUGGGAACAGGCAAUGGAAGUGCGGAAGAAAAUGAAGCAAAUGGGAGUAAGAAAAGAACCUGGUUGUAGUUGGAUUGAGCAUGGUGAUGAGGUUCAUAAGUUUUUGGCAGGGGAUGCUUCACACCCACAAAGUAAAGAACUUCAUGCGUAUCUUGAAACUCUGUCCCAGAGAAUGAGAAAGGAGGGCUAUGUGCCUGAUACUUCAUGUGUGCUUCACAAUGUUGACGAUGAAGAAAAAGAAACUAUGCUCUGUGGGCAUAGUGAGAGACUGGCGAUAGCUUUUGGCCUUUUAAACACCCCUCCAGGGACUACCAUCAGAGUUGCCAAAAACCUUCGGGUUUGCAAUGACUGCCAUGUUGCCACUAAAAUCAUAUCAAAGAUUGUGGACAGGGAAAUCAUUCUCAGAGAUGUUAGAAGGUUCCAUCAUUUCAGAAAUGGAACUUGCUCUUGUGGGGAUUACUGGUAA